CAACAAUCCACAUAUACAACCACCACAAUGCCUCACAAACACAAGCGCCGUGAGAAGGAUGCCAACACCUACGACCUCCCCCCCACCGUAAUCGCCAAACCCCUUCCCGUCCGCGAUCCCUCCAAACCCACCAAAGGCAAAGGCAAAGGAGGCAAAGGAGGCAAGGGCGGCAAACCACAAACACCAGCCAAACCCACAAAUAAAGCCAUCGGGGAACGCAAGGUCAAAUCCAAAUCUACCUCAGAAUGGGCCGACGACACUCCGCGCGCAUUCCGCCAUCUACUACAACUUCAGCAGAAGCAACAAAACGGCGCACAGCAGAAGAAGCGUAAACGCAACGGGAAUAACGAUUCCGAUUCAUCAGACUCCGAUGAAGAUGUCCCUCAGACAAACAACAAGAACAACAAGAAGAAGAAGGCCGCUACAUCCACUACCACUACCACACCCACCACUACAGAAACCUCUCAAGCCGAAGAAAAGGCCGUAAAACCGCAAAUCCUUCCUGGGGAGAAGCUCUCCGACUUCGCGGCGCGUGUCGAUCGCGAAAUGCCCCUCUCCAACAUGUCACGCAGCACGAAACCCUCCGCGACAGAUGUGCCCAAGAUCCGCGAAACGCGGGUGACGAAGCAUGAGAAGCAUCUGCUACGACUGCAAUCGCAAUGGCGGAAGGAAGAGUUGGAGAUAUUAGAGAAGGAGGCGGCGGAGCGGGAAGAGCGCGAAGAGGAGAUGGAGGAGCAGUUGCGGCUGUGGAAGGAGUGGGAGGCAGAGGGAGGCAAGAGGAAGGCGAAGAAGAAGGGAGUUCAGAAACAGCAGCAGGCGAAGGUGGAGGCGGAUCCGUGGGCGAAGUUGAAGAAGGAACGGAUGAAUAAACAGAUUAGUCCGUUGGAUGUGGUGCAGGCGCCGCCGCAAUUGACGAAGCCGAGAGAGGUGUUUAAGGUGCGGGGAGGGGCGAAGGUAGAUGUUGCGAAUGUGCCUGCUGCUGGUGGAGCGACGAGUUUGAGGCGCAGAGAGGAGUUGGCGAAUGAGCGGAGGAAUAUUGUUGAGGAGUAUCGGAGGUUGAUGGCUGAGAAGAGGAGGGGGUAGUAAUCCCUCUUUCUAUGGAAUUAUUCGGAAAGUAUAGGUAUAGGUGGAGGAUGCAUUGUUGUAGAUAAUAACUACCAAUACCCCUAGAAGAAGAUUUGAAACACGUCUGAAAAUGCUUUUUUAUAUAUACAAGAUACACAUCAUGUCUAAGUAUGUCCCAGAUAUCAAAAAGAAAAGAAACAAAAACACCAAUGCUC